GGUCAGUUUAGUGGUUUAGUCAGUUGUCAGUAUCUAUGAAAAAAAUGUACCUAUCUUUUCUAUGAUCAGUAUUCCUUAAUUUUAUAUGGUUAAACAUUCUUUAGAUAAUUAUAAUAUUAUUUCUAGGUAUUAAUAUUUGUGUAAACCAUUUAUUUUUUAAUUGUAUCUUAAUUUAUUUAAAAAUGUCUGAAAACCAACCAAAGGAAGAGAAUACACAAAAUGCAUUAUCUGAAUUGCUAGAUGAUGCUCUCAAAGAUUUUGAAAGUAUUGAUGAAUCAGAAGUAUUAGACAAUGCAUCAAAAAUAUCUGAAGUUAAUAAUUUCAGUGCCAGUGAUAACUUUUUAAAAGAGAGUCUUGAAGAAACAAUGAAAUCAUUUAUGAAUAGUGAUCAAGCAGAAUUAGCCGCUGGUUUACAAGAACUAAUUUUAGGGGAUGAAGGAUCUGAAUUACAAACAGUUAUUCAAGAAUCAUUGAAAAGCUUAGCAGAAGCAAAACAAAAUCUACCUGAAGGAAGUGAUAUGACAUCGAUGUUUGCUAAUAUGGGUAUUCAAGAUGAUAUCAAUUUAGAUGAAGAUAUGCUGCCUAUGUUAAUGCAAUUUAUGCAGCCAUUGUUGAGCAAAGAUGUGCUUUAUCCAUCUAUUAAAGAUCUGUGUGAUAAAUAUCCAAAAUGGCUUGAGGAUCAUGAAUCAACAUUGAAUAAAGAUGAAUUUGAAAGGUAUACACAAAUGUUUAAUUGUAUAAAAGAAGUCCGAGAUCAUUUAGAAAAUCAACAAGAUACAGAUGAUGAUAUCACUAAGACUAGGAAGUUUAAAGAACUCAUGGAGUUAUUAAAAAAAAUGCAAGAAUGUGGUCAGCCACCAGAAGAAUUAAUGAGAGAUGUAGCUGACGGCAAUCCAAUACCUGAUAAUGUUGGCCAAUGCACUCUCAUGUAGCAAAUGUUUAUCUAAAAGUGUUAUUUUUAUUGAGUCUUAUUUAUUUAUUUAUUAUCAGUUCGAUAAAUGAAGACUGAAUAAAUAUAGGGUAUAGGUGAAAGGGUAGCAGAUUUCACCAAUGUGAAAGGUAAACUUCCAAAGAUAAUAUACAUCAUAUUAAAAUUUUCUAAAUUUGUUAACCUCUCAAAUUCAUAGGUAUUUUUAUUAAUUAGUUAAAUUUUUAACUUAUUAAAUAUUAUUGUGAGCAAAUUAUUUCAUUUUUACUCCUUUAAAUGAAUUUUUUUUUUUUUUUUUUUACUCAUAAUAAUACAAGUGUAAAAUAAUAUCUAAAAAUUUAAAAGUGUAACACAACCUCGGUUUAUUACUUAGGUAUGUUAUGUAUUUUAAGUUACCAUUAAAGAUGAAUAUGAUGAUCAAUCCAUUUUAAGAAAAUAAUCUGUUAUAUACUUAUAUCUAUCAAUAUUUCUUAAAAUUAUUUUUUAAUUUUGGAUUGGGAAAAAUUAAUUUAAUUAAAUAAAUAGUAUUCGAGCGGGAUAGAUAAAUCAAAAUGUCUCAAUUAGUGGAUUCGAUGUUAUAAACUUUAUGAACAAAAAAAAUUACUUUUAAUUUUAUAAUAUAUUGAUCAUUGAUGUUAUAUGAAUAUCUAUAAAAUUAAUUUUCCAACAGGGUUUUUUAUACUUUGUUAAAAUGUAUUCUUCAUUAAAUAAUAUUGUAUUAUUAUUUAAAUUUACAAACAUUGUAUACAUACUUUGAUAUUU